AUGGAGAGUAUGCGGUUCAGACCAGAUGCCGUUAAGCAGCAUCGAUACGAGAAGUUCUGCGCUCUCGAACACAAAACCGGGACCAUCUCCCACGCUAUAACCGCCGAAGCAUCGUCGAAUUCCGCCUCCAAAUACAUCUCCUCCACGUCCGCAAAGAGCUUCCCACCGGCUUGCUGGGUACAUGUGUGCAAGAUUACACUGAAGCAGCUGACUACUUGUGGCGAAACAACACAUGGCGGUUCUCGAACGGCGACUACUGGAGAGGCGUGUACCGCUUCCUCCUGA